UGCGCUUAGUCGGACUUUAAUCGGGCUCGGAGAGAUAUUUAUUUUCCCCCAACAAUCCUCGCUGAAAAUUUAACAUUAUUUUUUCGCACUCAGCAUCAAUCGGCGACAACUCAGAUUGUGAAUAACAAUUGCAAGUGGCUGGGUUAAAUCAAUUGGAGCUAUUUAACCAAUAAAAGAGAGUAUUGAUCGGGAUUGAGUAUUUAUCACUCGUGGUAAUGUUGAAUAUUCAAACAUCGACUCCGGUGGCCGGAAAAAAGCGCGAGAGAACUCAAAAUUGGGUCCCCGAAGAGAAACGCGCGCUUUUCACACUGAUAAAAGCUCACAUUAACGCAAUUGAGAAUAAAAAAAUCGACACAUCAGCUACUGCACUCAAGAGUCUUGCCUGGCGACAGAUUUAUUGCGAUUUCAAAGGAAAAUUUUCGACCGAACGCGAUAUCACGAGAAUGAGAGAGCAGUGGAGGAGAAUGAAGGCACAAGCCAGAGUCGACAUCAACGUCUUCGCCGAGAAGGUGAGAACAGUUGGGCUCGAGGAGGCAUCAAAGACCCGUCCGUCAGAUUUAUCCGUCGACGUCUGGCGUUUGUUGCAAAUCCUCAAGAAAAACGAGAGCGAAUCGACCUCAGACGACAGUCAGGAUGCGGAUCCUCUCUCGAAUCUCCAGGAGAUUCUGGAUAAUCUGAGUUCGAAUCCCCUGGAAAUUUCCUUUGAGUCGAUGAAACAGGAAUGCCUAUCCGAAUUCAAUGACGAGGAUGGAUUCCUGCAGAGUUCUCCAGCCCCGGAGAAGAGCAGGGGAAUAAGACUUUCAGAUGAGGAGCCCAUGAAUCUUGCGCAUCAAAAAAAAAUGCGACUCACCAUGGACUGCUCUGGGGAUGAGGAAGAAGACACCCCGACAUUGGUUCCUGAUUAUUUGAACGAGUCCAAGAGGAGCGUUUUCUUCGACUCUUCCGAGGAAGAGCGCAACAUGAAGUUCAAGAUCCUGGAGGUCGAGCUCGAGAGGGCAGAACUGCAAAAACAAGCGGCUGUCUGUGAGCUCAGGACUUCCGAAAUAAAAAAACAACUGGCUGAAAGUCAAGCUAUUGAGUACUUCAGGUGA